GAGGGAUAGGGAGUGAGAGCCAGAGUGAGGAAGAGCGAGAUCUGCGAUUGGAUGGUCUGGGAAAGGCACAGAGUAACUUAAGGAAUAGGAGGAAGUGAGGGAGGGGGUGCUGCUAAAACUUGAAUUUGUAUCGGAGAGGGGUAGCAGAGAGAGGAGGGGUGUCAGGAGGAACCCGACAGGCAAACUGCAAUCUGACAGGCAGCCAACAUGCAGAGACGCUGACAAACUGGGGAACGCCCCCUGCUACACACACACGCUGAGCCUGGCCCAGGAGAGUUCUCUCCACACACACUCUGGCUGUGUUGGCAGCGCGUGGAGAUGACCAGGGGGAGCGGCAUGCAGAAGGCGAGCCAGCUAGGAGAGACUCCUGCAGUUUUCCUCAGUACACUCAGGAAUGGUUCGCCUGAGGGGCAGCAGGGGCGCUACUGAUUUAACAGAUAACGGAUCAUGAAACAUGUGCCGGUGUCUGUAACUGUGCACCUCUGAAUGGUGUGUGUGAGCGUGUUUGUGUGUGUGGGUGUGUAUAUACCUCCACCUUUGGUCAGUCUGUGUGUGUGUGUUCACUCUGAUCACGGUGUGGAAUAAGGGUCGUUUUUUGAAUGAAGAUGGCUGGCCAUGGCAGCCAGUGGAAACUGGAGACGACAAGCAGCUGAAGACAAGGAACUAAGGGACUGCUUUUUUCUUUCGUGCCUUUUUGUUGUUCCCUUCGUCCGUCUCUCCUUCUUCUUCUUCUCCAUCAGGAGGGGGCGAGCCCUGCAAUCUUAAUCUGUUUGGAGAGUUUGGGAAAAUCAUGAACUCUUCCGGAGCAGUUGGGAAAUUUGGGAGUGAAUCCCAGAUUGAAGGGGGCAAGCUCCAGCUGACAGCCCUGGCCUCGUGGAAGGGGGACUUGGUGGAGCUGAACAAGCGGCUGGUGCAGACAGAGAGAGAAAGAGAGCUGCUAGAGAAGAGACUGGCCAAAGCACAGUGUGAGCAGUCCUAUCUGAUGCGGGAGCAUGAGGACGUUCAGGAGCGGACCACCCUACGAUACGAGGAGAGGAUCACAGAGCUACACAGCAUCAUCGCUGAGCUCAACAAGAAGAUAGACCUGCUACAAGGCACUACCAUCAGGGAGGAGGAUGAGUUUUCGGAGCUGCGUUCGGAGCUCAGCCACAGCCAGCACGAGGUCAACGAGGACGGACGCAGCCUCGACCAGGACGUUGCCUCCGUGUCACUGGCUGAAAACCACUCCACCCUGGCGACCGCCAACAUGGACAACUGCAGUGACCUGAACUCAGAGCUGCAGCGGGUUCUGACAGGGUUGGAGAGCGUGCUGUGUGGGAGGAAGAAGAGCACAUGCAGCCUGUCUGUGGCCGAGGUGGACCGCCAGAUAGAGCAGCUGACCACCGCCAGCCAACACUGUGACCUUGCCAUCAAGACGGUGGAGGAGAUCGAGGGGGCCUUGGGCCGGGACUUCUACCCCAGCCUGUCGGAGGAGCGUAUGCACUGGCAGAAGGAGCUGGCCGGCCUGAGGGAAGAGAACGAGAGCCUGACGGCCAUGCUGUGCUCCAAGGAGGAGGACCUGAACCGCACCAAGGCCACCAUGAACGCCAUCCGGGAAGAACGUGACCGCUUGAGGCGACGGGUGCGGGAGCUGCAGACGCGUCUCCAGAGCUCCCAGCCUGCAGGCCUGUCCAGCCCCGGGCGUCUCACCCCCGCCUCCCGUCCAAUCAACCCCAGCACUGGGGAACUCAGCACCAGCAGCAGCAGUAACGAUAUACCUGUGGCCAAGGUGGCGGAGCGGGUGAAACUGUCUAAAACCAGGUCGGAGUCUUCCUCCACCGAGAGGCCUGUUCUGGGAUCAGAGAUCAGCAGCAUCGGGGUGUCCAGUAAUGUGGCGGAGCACUUGGCACACUCCCUCCAGGACUGCUCCAACAUCCAGGAGAUCUUCCAGACCCUCUACUCCCACGGAUCAGCCAUCUCUGAGAACAAGAUCAGGGAGUUUGAGGUGGAGACGGAGAGACUUAACAGCCGCAUCGAGCACCUGAAGUCUCAGAAUGACCUCUUGACCAUCACGUUGGAGGAGUGUAAGGGCAACGCAGAGAGGAUGAGCAUGCUGGUCGGCAAAUAUGAGUCCAACGCUACCGCCCUACGACUGGCACUGCAGUACAGUGAACAGUGUAUAGAGGCCUAUGAGCUGCUGUUGACGCUGGCGGAGAGUGAACAGAGUCUGGUACUGGGCCAGUUCAGAGCUGCCGGAGUGGGCGACGUAGGCGAGAAGUUGGGAGAGGAGAGCAUCACUCAAAUCCUGAAGAGGGCCCAUGACUGCAGGAAGACAGCAGAGAAUGCAGCCAAGGAUCUUCUGGGCAGGCUGGACGGUAGCUGUGGAGCCGCAUUCGCUGUGACUGGCUGCAGUGUUCAACCAUGGGAGAGCCUGUCCUCCAAUAGUCACACUAGCACCACCAGUUCCACGACCAGCUCGUGCGACACAGACUUCUCCAAGGAGGACGAACAGCGACUGAAAGACUACGUGCAGCAGCUAAAGAAUGACCGUGCGGCAGUCAAGCUGACCAUGCUGGAGCUAGAGAGCGUUCACGUCGACCCCCUCAGCCUUGAGGUCAAGCCCCGGGGAGACACGCACCGUCUGGAUCUGGAGAACGCUGUGCUGAUGCAGGAGCUCAUGGCCAUGAAGGAGGAGAUGGCAGAGCUGAAGGCCCAGCUCUACCUGCUGGAGAAGGAGAAGAAGGCAGUGGAGCUGCGGCUGAGCACGCGGGAGGCCCAGGAGCAGGCCUACCUGGUGCACAUCGAGCACCUCAAGGCCGAAGUGGAGGAGCAGCAGGAGCAGCGCAGGAGAUCCCUCAGCUCCACUGGGAGUAGUACUAAAGACAAGAGCCAAGCCGCUAAGGAUUGUGGAGACUCUCCGGCCAUCAGCCUAUCAGACCUGAGGACACUGAAUGAUAGCGACCUGGCAGCAGAGCUCACCAACGCACUGAGACGGGAGAAGAAGCUAAAGGGGCGUGUCCAGGAGCUAGUGGCAGCGCUGGAAAGACUAACCAAGAGUAGUGAGGUCCGCCACCAGCAGAGUGCCGAGUUCGUCAACGAUCUGAAACGGGCAAACAGUAACCUGGUGGCUGCGUAUGAGAAGGCCAAGAAAAAGCACCAGGGUAAGCUGAAAAAGCUGGAGGCGCAGAUGAUGGCCAUGGUGGAGCGCCACGAGACACAGGUUCGCAUGCUCAAACAACGCAUCGCCCUGCUGGAGGAGGAAAACUCACGGCCACACACCAAUGAGACCUCCCUAUGAGAACUGAUGAGACAUCUCUAUCAGAACUCACAAGGCAUCACUAUGAGAACUCACCAGACGUUGCUUCAGAAACUCACCAGACGUCGCUUCAGAAACUCACCAGACGUCGCUUCAGAAACUCACCAGACAUCGCUAUGAGAACUCACGAGAACUCAUCGCAAUGAGAGACAUCACAAUGAGAGACACAUCACUGUGAGAACUUGCAGCCAAAACUCACAGCGCCACACCAACAGGACCUCCGGGUGAGCAACGCAAGGAGACUUCAUGUCCACAUUAUUAUAUGAAACAUCAUUACGAGCAUCGGUUAGAGGAGGGGACAAGGGAAUGGCUGGUGUGUGUGUGUGCUGAGAAUGUAAGCUUUCCCUACCAACCCAUAGACACCCUGCAGUCCUAUUCGGCACAUACACGUGGGGAGGACAUUCUGCGGUGAUAGCUGCAAGUUCAUUGGCCAGCAGAUGGACAGGUAAAACUGCCAGGACCAAUUGGAGUUGACGCUACAAAUGACAGCUUUCAAUCAUAUCUGCAGAACGACACAUUUUGUUUACCACAGAAACAAGUAGAGGAAAAGUGUCAUUUUAUAUUUUUUGAGAGGAGCACUAUAAGUAAGCAAUAAGGCACCUCAGGGGUUUGGGGAAUAUGGACAACAUACCACGGCUAAAGGCUGUUCUUAUGCACGACGCAUCGUGGAGUGCCUGGAUACAGCCC